AUGGAAAAUGGAACCGCGACAACCAUCGAGUUGUCAGCGAUAUCGCUUGCAGCGAAAAUACCAGACUUCUGGCAGGACCAACCGCGGCUGUGGUUUCUGCAGGUAGAAGCGGUAUUAGCUCAGCAGAAAGCAGGGGACCAAUCAAACUAUAAUAUGGUUAUUGCUAAAUUGGGAAAGCAGGCGAUUCAGCAAGUUGCCGACAUUUUGGAGAAACCACCGGAGGAGAAUAAAUUUGCAACAUUAAAAGCCAGAUUAUUAAGUGUCUACGAGGAGACAGAGGCAAAACGAUUGCAACAGUUAAUGUCGGACAUGGAGCUUGGUGACCAGCGCCCAUCGCAGCUUAUGAGGAAGAUGAAGGACCUCGCAAGAGAUAAGAUUCCUGAUGAGACCUUGACAUAUUUUUGGCAAGGUCAUCUACCACCGUCGGUGAGGGCCGUUGUAGCGUCCGCAGAUUCAAAAAAGAUUGAGACUCUGGCAAGCAUAGCUGAUAAGGUAAUGGAGACCUUCAAACCGAAUGAAGUUGCCGCUAUACAGAGUACUUCACGUCAAUCACGCCAGAGUUCGCCGACAGAUUUUAUAACGGCAGAAUUGGCGAAGAUCAACAAUCGGAUAAAUCAACUUGAACUUGCCAAUAACCAAGGACGAGGUGGGACUGGAAGGAAUAGCCGCAGACAAGGGCGUGCACGUAGUCGCUCACGCAACAACAGCCGCUCUUCAAGCCAGGAUUCUAAAAACCAGGAUUGGUUGUGUUUUUAUCACUACCGCUUCAAGGCGAAGGCGUAUAAGUGCGUUCAAGUAGCAGCAGUACUAGCUUGCGUAGUAGUAACUGCAAAAACCUGA